CCCCGUCGUGUCGUUAUGCCAGAUUUUUGGAGGAUACAACUCAACUCCCUCACCCAGGCCCGUGUGUGUGUGUGUGAAGCGGUCCAAGUCCCGGUGUUCAGCAGUCAGUCGGCGGCGUUACACUCGUGCAACAUGUCCGGAGUGAAAAAGCUUCGUACGAAUCUCAACAGAUCGACGAAUGUGGUGUUCCAGGCCCACCAUGUCAGCCGGAGCAAGAGAGGGCAGGUUGUGGGCACCAGGGGAGGCUUCAGAGGCUGUACCAUCUGGCUCACUGGUUUGUCAGGUGCCGGGAAAACAACCAUCAGUUUUGCCUUGGAAGAGUUCCUUGUGUCGCACGCUAUUCCUUGUUACUCACUGGACGGAGACAACAUUCGCCAUGGCCUGAACAAGAAUCUUGGCUUCACCUCCGAAGACCGUGAGGAGAACAUCCGUCGUAUUGCUGAGGUGGCCAAACUGUUUGCAGAUGCUGGGCUGGUGUGCGUUACCAGUUUCAUCUCUCCUUUUGGCAAGGAUCGUGAUGAGGCGAGAAAGAUCCAUGCAAGUGCUGGGCUGCCAUUUUUCGAGGUGUUCAUCCACGCUUCUCUUGAGGUGUGUGAGCGCAGGGACGUAAAAGGACUUUACAAGAAAGCUCGCGCUGGAGAGAUCAAAGGUUUCACUGGGAUUGACUCAAAUUAUGAGCGUCCUGAGGCACCAGACCUUGUGCUGAAAACUGGAGAGCUCACAGUGAGCGAGUGCCUCAACCAGGUGUUGGAGCUGCUGAAAGAGCAGAAUAUUGUACCAGGCGAGGUCAUGGAGGAAGUCAAUGAACUCUUUGUUAUGGAAAACAAGCUGAAUCUUGCUGUGGCUGACGCACGCACGCUUCCCACUAUCAGCAUCACUAAGUUGGAUCUACAGUGGGUGCAGGUCUUGUCAGAAGGCUGGGCGAGCCCUCUGAAGGGCUUCAUGAGAGAGAGAGAGUUCCUUCAGGUCUUACACUUUGGAAACCUGCUGGAUGGUGGGGCCAUCAACAUGUCUGUUCCCAUCGUCUUGCCUGUUAGCGCCGAGACCAAGCAGCAGCUGGACGGCUGUGCUGCUAUCGCUCUGGAGUACCAGGGUUCACGUGUGGCUAUCCUCAGGAACCCAGAGUUCUACCAACACCGCAAGGAGGAACGCUGCGCCAGACAGUGGGGCACCACUUGCCCACAGCACCCUUACAUUAAGAUGGUUAUGGAGGGAGGUGAUUGGCUGGUUGGUGGUGACUUGGAGGUGCUGGAGCGAAUCAAAUGGAACGAUGGACUUGACCAGUACCGCUUUACUCCCCAGGAGCUCAAGCAGAAGUUUAAAGACAUGAAAGCAGAUGCGGUUUUCGCAUUCCAACUGCGCAACCCGGUCCACAAUGGACACGCCCUGCUGAUGCAGGACACCAAGCGCCGUCUGCUGGAGCGAGGCUACAAGAAUCCCGUCCUCCUGCUUCACCCACUCGGCGGCUGGACCAAAGAUGACGACGUUCCUCUGGACUGGCGGAUGAAGCAACACGCUGCUGUCCUGGAGGAGGGCGUCCUGGAACCCGCUAACACCAUCGUAGCCAUCUUCCCCUCACCAAUGAUGUACGCUGGACCCACAGAGGUUCAGUGGCACUGCAGAGCCAGAAUGAUCGCCGGGGCAAACUUCUACAUUGUUGGCCGGGACCCUGCAGGCAUGCCCCACCCAGAAACUAAGCAGGACCUGUAUGAACCCACCCAUGGAAGCAAGGUCCUCACAAUGGCCCCUGGCCUCACCUCUGUGGAGAUCAUCCCCUUCAGGGUCGCAGCCUACAACAAGACAAAGAAGGCCAUGGACUUUUACGACAAAGAGCGACACGCCGAGUUUGAGUUCAUCUCUGGGACCAAAAUGAGGAACAUGGCUCGGAGCGGACAGAAUCCUCCAGAUGGUUUCAUGGCCCCCAAGGCCUGGAAGGUGUUGGUGGAGUACUACACCUCUCUGCAGAAGGACAAGUAAUCAACACUACACUUCGCUCCCUGGUGAAAAGUAUCAGUUCUUCUAAAGAGAGAUAAACAAACACCCUACCUUCCAGGAGUCAUUUAAAAAAAAUCUUGUUUUAUCUUUAUACAAAAAUAGUUAGAUUACUAUAAAUAAUGAGUCAUUGUAGAAGGGUUGGGUGCUUUGUGUGUUGAAUCUUCACCAAAUCAAAAAUUACUUGUCUUACGCAGUUAAACAUUUUUUACAUUCCCAUAAAACUGUGAUUUUUUUUUAAUGAAUGUUUAUAUGCAUAUUAACUUAAGCUAUGUAUUUUAAUAAAUUAAAGGCAACUUGAGAUUCUUUUUUUUACAUGUAGGAGCACAUCCCAAGACAAGGAAAUCAUCUUUGAUAAUGUAGUAGUCAGAGGGAUGCAUUGUUAGAAAACAGAGAUAUCAUUUUUAUAGCAUUUAAUGGCAUAUUAAUCACUGUCUGUCAAGUUAUGUGUUUGACCUGAAUGAAAGGUAAUCGCAAUUUCAUCAGUAUACCUACUGUGCCUAUGUGUUUUACAUGUAUGGAUGUUAAUUAAUUCAUCAUGUUAAUGUUUCAUAUUAUUGUGGAAAAAAAACAUUUUUUUAUCAAAUGUGAAGGGAAAUGCUUUCUCUCAAAUGUCAACAUUGCAAUACAGAAAUCGUUAAAUCAGUUGCUGGCGUUUACCUGAAAUGUCUCUGAGAUUUGUGUGAUUUUAUGAAAAGUGGGCUAUGUGCAUUCAUGUAAUAAAGAAGUUUUAGGAAGGCAAAUCAGCAAUAAAAAAGGCGUAUUUAUUAUUCUGAAUACUGGGAAAUUGUGUACUGUAAUGAAAUUGGAUUUAAAUGUUUA